CACAGGCUUCCGGGGGCGUGUCCUCUGAUAUUUGUCUUUCAGGGAAAGUUUCAACUUCAUAUAGUAAUAAAAUCACGCAUACAUAAGUCAUGGACGAGGGGGAACGGGAGAAGCAGUGUUUCUACACUUGUCGCUGUUACCUCACGGACAACAUCUUCCUGGAGGACUACAGGCUCCACGUGAGAUACGUGACUGAACAGCAGUUCAGGGCCGACCACCAGCAGGUGCUCAGAAGUCGUGGUUGUUUAACAGAUGAGCAUUUUGACGAGGUUCUUCAAAAGAUCGCUAAGGAGGUUGAAAGACGUCAGAGUCUGAAUAUAGAGUCUGCUGAGAGAACCGCUGCGAUACAACAGGUGUACCGGCCGCUCCAUCCUCACAUCUACCACCUCCAGGAGUCGUUCCUCGCCCCAGAGUUCCUACAGAUCGUGGCGUAUUGCCGGAGUUCUGGAGCCAAUCAGCAAGGACUGCUGGGGAUGCUGCAGUCGGAAGCCGCUCCGCGCGUGUUUCGCCUGGCGGUGUUCACCAGGACCUUCUGCCAGGAGCUGGUGGAGGAGCUGGAGCACUUUGAACGUUCCCCGGCCCCCAAGGGGCGGCCCAACACCAUGAACAAUUACGGGAUGUUACUCAACGAACUGGGGUUGGACGAGGGCCUGACCACGCCCCUCCGCGAGCGCUACCUCGGACCAAUCGCGUCGCUGCUCUACCCGGACUGCGGGGGGGGCGGUCUGGACAGCCACAAGGCCUUCGUGGUGAAGUACGACCUGAGGGAAGACCUGGACCUCAGCUAUCACUAUGACAACGCCGAGGUCACCCUCAACGUCUCGCUGGGGAAGGACUUCACGGGGGGAAACCUCUACUUUGGUGACAUGAAAGAUGUGCCUUUAGGCGACACAGAGUGCUCGGAGGUGGAGCACCGUGUGAGUGCGGGCCUGCUCCACCGGGGGCAGCAGAUGCACGGCGCGCUGCCCAUCGCGGCGGGCCAACGCUGGAGCCUCAUCAUCUGGAUGAGGGCCUCACGCCAACGCAACCGCCGCUGCCCCAUGUGCAGCCAGACGCCCUCAUUGGUCCGGGGGGAGGGCUUCGCCGACGGAUUCACUGACGGGGUCGGAGACGAGGAGGGAACUCAGAACUCGUCCUGUGUGCUAACUUGAUGCUAUGUUAAGGGGAUGGAUGCUAACACGAUGCUAGCAUGAUGUUAGCGUCAUGUGUUCUACACCAUGCUAUUCAAACGGGAUACUAGUAGCAUGUGAGCUAAUCUGAUGCUAUGCUCAGGCGUUGUUAUUCUCAUUGCAGAAUAUUUACUGACAGAAUGUGCCUGUACUGUAUGGAAGCCCAAAAUACGUACAAGUGUCAGAAUAUGAUUUUCCUUAAAUUUCUGAACUUCUCUUUAAUUUAUAUGUAUAAUUAUUUUUUAUAUUUUACACUGAGAAAACUUAUAUCAAAUCUACAAUCUUUUUGUUAAACUACUGAUGUGCUCAUAGCCUGACAUGACGACCUGAAAUUCUAAGUGUACUUAAAUACCAUAUUUUCCAUAAUCUUUCAAUGGAAACCAAGAAACAUUUUUUUUCCUAACAUGCGUAUGAAGAAGCAAAAAUACCCAAGCUUGUAUGUUAUACUUUAAGGCUGUAAAUGCAUAAUUAUGGUUAUUAAUAAGCUGUGCUCAGGUCAUAUAGGCUCACAUCUAUAUUAAUAAAUGGUCAUGUAAAUUAUGUAAAAAUGUAUCUAUAGAAUAGCAUUAGCAUAUAGGCUUUGGUACAAAAGACAAUACAAGUGUUCAGAUUUAAAAGAGACGUUAUUUUAAUCAUAAAACUUAUUGUUACAAGAAUAUACUCUGGUUUUGUUGUUUUUGAAAAUAUAAUACAGUUCGAUUCAAUAUCGAUCAUUUUGGCAA